AUGAGCCGCGUGGUCUCGCUUCUGCUGGGAGCUGUGCUACUCUGCGGCCACGGUGCCUUCUGCCGCCGGGUGGUCAGCGGCCAAAAGGUGUGUUUCGCUGACUUCAAGCAUUAUUGCUACAAAAUGGCGUACUUUCACGAACUGUCCAGCCGCGUGAGCUUUCAGGAGGCACGCCUGGCUUGUGAGAGUGAGGAAGGAGCUCUUCUCAGCCUUGAGAAUGAAGCAGAACAGAAGUUAAUAGAAAGCAUGUUACAAAACCUCACAAAACCUGGAACAGGAAUUUCUGAUGGUGAUUUCUGGAUAGGGCUUUGGAGAAAUGGAGACGGGCAAACAUCUGGUGCCUGCCCAGAUCUCUACCAGUGGUCUGAUAGGAGCACCUCCCAGUACCGAAACUGGUAUGCCGAUGAACCUUCCUGUGGAAGCGAAAAGUGUGUUGUGAUGUAUCAUCAACCAACUGCCAAUCCUGGCCUUGGAGGUCCCUACCUUUACCAGUGGAAUGAUGACAGGUGUAAUAUGAAGCACAAUUAUAUCUGCAAGUAUGAACCAGAGAUCUACCCAACCACCCCUGUAGAAAAGCCUUAUUUUACAAAUCAACCAGGAGACGCCCAUCAAAAUGUGGUUGUUACUGAAGCAGGAAUAAUUCCAAAUCUAAUAUAUGUUGUUAUACCAACGAUACCACUGCUCUUACUGAUACUGGUUGCUUUUGGAACCUGCUGUUUUCAAAUGGUGCAUAAAAGUAAAGGAAGAACAAAAACGAGCUCAAACCAGUCCACACUGUGGAUUUCGAAGAGCACCAGAAAGGAAAGUGGCAUGGAAGUAUAAUAAUUCUUUGACUUGGCUCCAAAAAGUAAAAUAGUUUUAUAAUACUGGAUCUGUAUAAGGAAUGGCAUCAGAACAUUAGCUUGGAAUGGCUUGAAAUCUCAAUGGAUCUGCAAGAUGAACUGUAAGCUCCCCCUUGAGGCAAAUAUUAAAAUACUUUUUAUAUGUUUAUUAUUUCAUUUACAAAACACUCCGUGCUAAUAAAGGACUGAGACAUGCUUAUUUUGUGAAAGGAUGCACCCAAACUUCAAGUAAAUGGAAUGGACCAUGCAGAUAAAAUUGCUAUCAGUAGUACAUCAGGACUAUGUGUGUGGGAAGCAGUUAUUUUUUAU